AUGGCUCAGCCAGCCGAAUUACCAUCAGCUAAGCCAAUUGCAUUUGGCUCUCGAAUAGUUGUCCAGCCUCCGCUCACACGCCUCGGCACUGGGCCAGGACUUGUUAUCAUCAGACCUGCUGGUUUCUCUGACUAUCAAGCGAAAACCAAGACUCUUGACCCGGAGCCUCUACAAAAAUGGGCAGAGGAAGGCUUUGCAGUUGCACAGAUAACACUGGAUGCGCAAGACAAGAAUACCGAGAUAUUGCAUAGUCUAAACUCCGCUCAGAAACACUUACAAGAUCUACUAGAAUGCACCUCAGAUAAAUCUUUUGGUCUGAUAGUAUAUGGAUCUCGGUCAGAUUAUGGUGGUCUCUCUGGUGACGCUUUCUGCACAUUGGCCCCAGAGACUAUCAAAGCUGUGGUCUUUUUUGACACUUGGGAAUCGAAAGAAGGCCAAAAGCUGCUCUUACAUGCAGCAAGCUAUCAGCGCGAUACCUUCACCGAAGAUGACACGCAGACAGCAUACUUUUAUCCAGAUAUUGUUUCUUCCGGCUUCAUUGUCCCUGGUCAUCCUGAUUUCAAAAUAUCGACAGCGGGUGUAGCUCACACUCGUGGUCUCGCAUUUCUCAAGAAGAAUAUCGGUGGUCCGUAUUUUGACCUUGAGAAGAUUUGGGACGAGCAUACGUACUAUGAGUUUGGCGAUCGCUCUGUCGAAAAGACAAUGGCUACGAUGGUACAAGAACCCUACGUCAACCAUGUUCCUACAAUGACUGGGGGCAUUGGCCGAGCUCGUCUAAGUCACUUCUAUUUGCACCAUUUCAUUUUUAACAAUCCAGAUGAUACUGCACUCGAACUCAUCAGCCGAACCAUUGGUACCGACCGCAUCGUAGACGAGUUUAUUUUCUGUCUUACCCAUGUAAAGCAGGUUGACUGGUUGAUUCCCGGCAUCCCGCCAACCGGAAAGCCACUCCGUAUCCCUUUUACCUCGGUGGUCAACAUCCGUGGAGAUCGAUUGUAUCACGAACACAUUGCUUGGGAUCAAGCAACUGUGUUAGUUCAGUUAGGUUUAUUACCGGAGUAUCUCCCCUUUCCGUAUUCUUUACCUGAUGGGACUGUGCCGGCUGCGGGCAAACGCUUUGAGUACCGGGUUCCAGCUGCUGGUGUCGAGACGGCGAAUAAAUUGCAAAAUGAGCAUGAAUUUGAGUCGAAUGAAAUGAUUGGUUUUAAGAUUCGAGAGGUGGAUGAUCGAUGA